ACGACAUACCGAGGUCAUGCCUGGGCAAUCAAGGCUCUCUCUCUUGACGGGAUUCUGCAUGUCAGCAUCAUUGAAGGUUCAUUUACGACAUCUCGGUUUGCAGACUUCAUUGAGGGCCUGCUCGAUAACAUGAACCCCUUCCCUGGACCAAACUCAGUUGUCGUCAUGGAUAACUGCAGGAUCCACAAGUCAGAUCUCAUCCUUGAGAUGAUCCAGGAAAGGUAUGUU